AUGGAUGCAUCCUUUAAGGACAAUAUCUCUGUUGUGAGGAGGGCCAGUGGUGGUGGAACUGUCAUUGUGGAUAGAGAUACUAUGUUUGUAACUUUGGUUUGCUCCUCAAGCUUUGUGAAGCCUUUGGCUAUGACUUGCUGGGCUUCUAAAUUAUAUACAGAUGUAUUUAGAGAUGUAACAGGCUUUCAGAUGGAUGGUUUCUUUGAAAGGCGUGCAUGUAAUCGUGGCUUUCUUCAUACAUCGUUUCUUUGGGAUUAUAAUCCUGCAAAUAUGAAUUAUCUAAAAUUUCCUCCAAGGGUUCCAGCAUAUCGGCUUAGAUCAUAA